AUGGUUCGGGCGAAGUUCUUUGUUGGUCUUGCCAACAGGGUGAAGCUCACUUUCGCGCGGCGAAAAGGGAGGCUACCUCCAGGGGAUCAUGCUCCUCAUCCUUCUCCUUCCUCUUCCUCUUGCUCCUCUUUCACCUCCUUCUCCUUCUCCUCCUCCUCCUCCUCCUCCUCCCUUCUUGUUUUCAGCCCGUACCUCAGGAAAGGCAACGGCGAGUGUCCGACAGACCAGCGCUCGGUCGUUCUCGUGCGGGUGUGCCUGAGGGAAGCCGGGCCUACCAAGCCUCAGCCCCACCGCGUGCCCAGUUAG